CAUUGAGAUUUUGUUAGUUGACAUUCGGCUGGCGAAUCAGCAACGUCUCGCGGUGGCGGUUGAAAAGGUGAAAUCACUUUAUGGCGGUUAAGUUUGAAAUCGAAAGUGUUUCAUUAUCGUGGAUUUAAUUAUUAAAAACAAAGAACUGUUGAUUAGUGGCGAAGGUGUUGUGUGAAAAAAUAUCAAAAUUAAAGAGCAACCGUUAGAGAUUGUUAACGUUAAAAAAUUGUAUAAGUGAAAUUUAUUUUACAAAAGUGUUUUAGUUCUUCUUUAUUGCCGAAAUGUCCGACAAAUUAAUGGCUGCGCUACUGGCCGAGAGCGUUUUGCUUACAAAAGUUACAAAAAUAGUGGGCGAAUAUUCGCCAAUUACCAUAAUUUUGGUAGGCGCCGUCACAUUGUUCCUUGUGAUGUAUAAUAAGAGACGCGCACGCAUGGUGCAACUGAUUGAGAAAAUUCCCGGUCCAGCCGCAUUGCCAUUCAUCGGGAACUCGAUUGAAAUGAAUGUGGAUCACGAUGAAUUAUUCAAUCGCUUGACGGGCACAAUAAAGCUAUGGGGCAACCGUAUCGGUUUAAAUAAAGCAUGGCAGGGACCAACCCCUUAUGUGAUGCUGUUCGACCCAGAAACAGUCGAGCCAAUCUUGAAUAGCCAAAAAUUCAUAGAUAAAAGUCACGAUUACGAUUAUUUGCGACCAUGGCUAGGCACCGGACUGCUGACCAGCUUUGGCCGGAAAUGGCAUUCGAGAAGAAAGAUCUUGACACCGGCAUUCCAUUUCAAAAUUUUGGACGAUUUUAUCGAUGUCUUCAAUGAGGAGAGCGCAGUUUUGGCACGCAAACUGGAGUGCGAAGUGGGCGCCGAGGCCUUCAAUAUCUUUCCAUAUGUGACGCUCUGCACGCUGGACAUUGUGUGUGAAACGGCUAUGGGCCGCAGUAUUCAUGCGCAAGACAACAGCGAUUCGGAAUAUGUGAAGGCUGUUUAUGGCAUCGGCUCUAUUGUGCAAAGUCGCCAAUCAAAAUUGUGGCUACAAUUCGACACGAUUUUCCGUUUCUCCGAAGAUUACAAACGUCACCAGAGCUACAUCAAUACUUUGCACGGUUUCUCCAAUCGUGUAAUACGCGAGCGCAAAGCCGAACUAGCGGAAAAUAUACUCAACAACAAUAUAAACAGCGCACCCGAUGCUUAUGACGAUUUGGGCAAAAAGAAACGUCUCGCCUUCUUAGAUCUUCUCAUCAACGCAUCGAAAGAUGGCGCAGUGCUCUCCAAUGAGGAUAUACGCGAAGAAGUCGACACAUUUAUGUUUGAAGGUCACGACACCACCUCCGCCGCGAUUUCGUGGACGCUUUUCCUGCUCGGCUCACAUCCCGAAUACCAAGAACGUGUGUUUGAGGAGUUGCAAUCGAUCUUCGGUGACGAUAAAGAGACACCAGCGACUAUGCAGAAUCUAAUGGAUAUGCGUUAUCUGGAGUGUUGCAUCAAGGACGCGUUGCGCUUGUUCCCCAGUGUGCCCAUGAUGGCGCGCUCCAUUGGCGAGGAUGUGAAAAUUGGCAACUACCUGAUACCCGCUGGCACCACAGCCAUUAUUGUCACCUACAUGCUGCAUCGCAAUGCGAAGUCAUUCCCCAAACCCGAACAAUUCAAUCCUGACAACUUUUUGCCCGAGAACUGCACCGGUCGUCAUCCCUUCGCCUAUAUACCCUUCAGCGCCGGUCCACGUAACUGUAUCGGACAGAAGUUCGCUAUACUCGAGGAGAAGGCGGUGCUGUCGACGGUGCUGCGCAAAUACAAAAUCGAAUCCGUCGACCGUCGCGAAGAUCUCACACUUUUGGGUGAAUUGAUUUUGCGGCCGAAGGAUGGUUUGCGCGUGAAAAUAACGAAACGCGCUUAAGCAGCGAGUGUGUGGGAGAAAAAUGUAUAGUUAUACUUGCCGUAUGCUUAGCGUAUGCAUACCACUAGUUGUAAUUUUAGCUAACUAGGCUUUGCAUAUAAAUAAUUUUAGUAAUUAGUUUAAGCGUUGAUUAAUUAACUUUAAAUUUUUGUAUAUACCUACACUUGUAAGAACUCUCCAAAAUGCAAAUAGCUUUCACUUCAACAUAAGUAUUGAUUGGUAGCCUUUUUUAACGAAAUUUCUUUCUUAUUUAAGCACCAUAUAUAAGUACAUAUAACAAUUGUAGCUUGUAUCUCUUUCAAGCCAAAUUUACAAUUAUUGUUGUAGUACUAAGCUAUGGCCGAUGUUCUAUCUAAACUACAAUACAGUAAUAAGUGUGAUAUUCUGAUACUUCUUUUAAGAUUUGUGAGAAAAUAUUUGUUGUAAACUCAAAAAUACAUAUGUCUUUAAAAAGAAUUAUGUGUAUUUAUAUAUGUACCUAUGUAUGUGGUAUAUAAGUGCAAUGAAAUAGAGUAAUUAUUUUUUAUAUGUAUUUGGUAAAACCAGUUUUAUUAACGCUGAUUGGAAUAAUGAAAAGAAAAGUGUGAAAACUCGAAAACAGUAAGAAAAUACUGAGGGUAGGCGGAAACUAAGAUAAAAAUUGCUUGGAUUUAAGGGACGUCAAUUAAGAAAAUUUUUGAUUUUGCGAUUUAUUUCUACCAAAAACCAACCGAUUCAUUACACUGCGAAUACUCCAAUCCGAUUUGAGAUAUCUGUUCACUUAUCAUAUACUUAUGUCGCUUGUACUUUACUUUUACUGAACAGAUGUACAUAUUCAUCGAAGCAUAUCAAAUAUAUAGAAAUAUACAGUA